UUUGCUUACAAAAAGUGCCAGUUACAAAAAUAACCAUCAGAAUAACUAGCUGGUUUUAUAGUCUAGUUGUCCAGGAUCAUAUCUCACAAAUAUCUGUUUGCAUCAAAUUUUCACACUUUGAUUUAAUAAUCCUACAAUGUUAAAAAGAAAACAGCUUCACAAUCAUAAUAACCAUCCCAAAACAGAAUCCUUAAUUAUAAACAAGGAUGGAGGGCAAUGAACCUGAAGCAGAGGUAUGCAUCAACUGUAAAACAGAAUUUCAUGGAGACAAUGGUUACUAUAAAUGUGAUUCAAGUUUUGGGAGCGUUCAUAAGGAUUGUGUCAAUUUAACAUCUUCAGAAGUGCGAUGUAUGCCAUUACAGAAGAGGGUUCUUUUGUUGAUUUGUGAUAAAUGCAAGCAAUUAAUAGCAAGAAUGCCCUAUAUGGUGAAAAUGAUGGAGGAAAUUAAAAGAGAAUUAGCAGAUUUGAAAGCAAACUACAGAAAAGACACUUAUGCAAAUGUGUUAAAAAAUAAAACAUCCGCGCCGGAUUCCAUUAAUAAGCCUAGUCUGCCUACCAUAAUAAUUAGGCCUAAAAGCCAACAAAAUAUAGGCAAGAAUAAAGAGGAGGUGCAAAGGUUGAUAAACCCAUGCGAAAUCAAUGUUGGAAUUAGAAAUAUUAAGGAAACUAAGAAAGGAAAUAUUGUACUAAAGUGCGACACAGAACAGGAGCUAGAAAGACUCAAGAAAUCAGCAGAAAGUAAACUAAAAGGUAAAUAUGAAGUUAAUUUACCAAAAAAGAUGUUACCGAAAAUUAAAAUUGUAGGAUAUGGAUGCAGUUGAACGGAC